AUGGGUGCCGAGUUCAAAUCAACCUUCGCGGUCAUUCUCGCCGCCAUCGCAUCGUCUCAGUUCAUCGCCACCUCGAACGCCUACAAUCCGCCAAACGGACCGUUCGCCACCAGAUUUUGGGACUGUUGUCCGGCCGCCUUUGCUUGGUCUCGGCCAUCGGCGGGUCUAUAUGCUCCGGUUGAUAUGUGUCAGAAAGACGGCGUGACCCCCAUCUCGACACAGGAGAAGGUGUCUGGCAAAAAUGGUUGCGAUGACGGCGGCAAUCAAUUCGCCUGCAACUGCAUUCAGCCUUGGCUAGACACUGUCGACCCGGAGCUUGGAUACGGUUUCGGAGCCUACAACAUCCACGACCCGGAUGGCACCAUCGAGAAUACGUGUUGGUACGUCGAGUUCCAGCCUCAGGAUCCCAAUGGCAAAGCACUCAAAGUGCGCAAGAUGAUCUUGCAAAACAUCAACACGAGUCAAGGCAUCUCGAAAGGCAGCUGGGAUCUGAACCUUGCCGGUGGAGGAGUCGGCGACUUCCCCAAAGGCUGCGCCAACCAAUGGGAGACGAGCUGGGGUCAACAGUACGGUGGAGUGGACAACGAGCAGGCUUGUUGCAAGCUUCCUGAAGGACUUCGAUCGUCGUGCCUGUUCCGCUUCAAGAUGUUUGGCGACAACCCUGGCUUGGCUUCGACACCCAAGAGGGUCAGAUGCCCCGUUGGCAUCAUCGACCGCAGUGGCGCACAGAGGCAAGACGAUGCCACCGUGGCACCCUACAGCGGACAGACGGAUCAGACAGGAUAUCCCGCUCCGGACAAGUACCAACGCAACCGAAGCGUCUGCCAGAACGUCGACCCGCUGGGCAUUGUCAGCUCGGUCUGUAGCGGCAGUGGAGAAGGUGCACGUCUUCCGAAGGGGUACGGAAUGGUUCGUCAAGACUCGCCUGGGGCCAAAGUGCCUGAUGAGGCAGGGUCGCCUGAUCCUUCGACUGGAUUUCCUACUUUUCCUGCGCAGCCUCCGACGGACACUCAGGCGGAAAGCUAUGGCCGCGCGCAUGGUCCGAUUGAGCUCGGUCAUGGUGGGGAUGAUGCUGGACUUGGAGGGGGUGCUGGAUCCGGGUUUAGACCAGGCGCCGAUGCUGGAGCUGAAGCCCAUGUUGGUGCUGGCGCUGGGCCUGGCGACCGGUCUGGUAGCGUACCUGGACCUGGUGCUGCCACCAACUCGCCUAGGUUUGGACCGCCUUCCCCGCCGCAAGGACCUGUAUCAAUUGACAAGCCUGCCGACAAGGCCGGGCCUCCCGCAAGGCCAGCAAGAGCGUCGACUGGGCUUGCGGGACACCGCCGCAGUACGUGCCGUCGAGGAAAGCACGACUGA